AUGGCCGCCGACGUCGAGCCGGCUGGGCGCGCUGGCGGGCGUGCGCCCGAAACGCCGACCUUCCCGGAAGCCCGACCGCCGGUGGCGCAGCGACGCUCCAGCCAGCUGGCAGAGGCGGACCGGCGCAUGACUCGGGAGCGAGUCCUCGGGCUUGCGAGCGCUGGAUCGGACGCGCGCAUGCACUUGCGUGCGGCCCCCAGCGCGCUCUUCCGUUCAGCGGAGCGAACAAGCGCACUCGCAGCGUCUGGCGUCAACGCUGCCACGCUCAAGGUGGACGAGCGCGCCUGGGAGUUUUGGGUCAACGUGUGCGAGUCCCAGGGCACCACCCCACUGAGGAGCUCCGCGGAGGCGCGAGACCACCCUGACCGCAACGCCCACCUCCUCGCCUGCCUCAUGAUGUACGCGCAUGUCUGGUGCAUCCCCCGCACCCGAGAUGCACAAUUCAUCAAGCCGCGCUCCGCGCUCGCGUAUCCGCUCGCGAUUUGCCGCAUCUUCAAGCGCUGGGGCGUGCAGAUGCCAGGGUACCGAGCCCUCGCCGCGGCCUUCGCGGGGCUGAUGCGCUCCUACCUCGCGCACCACGGGCCCGGGUCCCUCGCCCCGAGGCGCGCAGAGCCCAUGAAGUUCUCCAUGAUGCGCGACAUCUACCGCGCGGCGCCCACGGUGCGAGUGGCGGGCCGCGUGUGGAGCGACGACUGCCACGACGUCUUCAUCUUCCGCCGCCUCAACGUCUUUCUCAUGUACACCGCGUUCCGCCUCGGCGAAACGACCGGGCCGGACCCGUUCCUCACCUUCACACACCUGGUCUGGAGCAUCCGCGGCACCAUCGUGACCGACCCCACGGCGGCCCAGCUCCACUCCUUGCGACCGGGGCUGGAUUACGCCCAGGUGGCGCCGCCUCUCUCCAAGGCGGACCAGUGGGGCGAGCGCAACUGCCCCUUCAUGGUGAUAGAGGGCAAAAAGAUCGAUUGCGCUCUUGCCGAUCCGCACCUACCUAGGCUCUUGGGUGGCGCGCCCCAGCUCUUCACAGCGAACCUGGUUGACACUCCCCGCCCCCUCUUCAUCUCGGUGCUGCCCAACUGGUGCCGAAUGCCGCCCUCCAAGCUCUUCGAGGCACUGCACGCGCGCGACGCUAAGCGCGUGAAGCAUCUCGUGUCGAAGGAGGGCUGCGACGUCAACGAGACUGGCGCAGGCGAGCAGACGGCGCUGCACCUCGCGGCGGAGCUGGACAACGUCGAGUGCGUCCAGCUCCUCCUCACCCACGGUGCCUCGGUCGGCAUGCAGGAUGGCCAGAUGCGCACGCCGCUGCUCGCCGCCUGCGUCGGCAACUGCCGGCACGCCGCGCGGGCGCUGAUCGAGGCGGGCGCGCCGCUCGGCACGGGCGACGAGGACGAGAACACGCCGCUGCACUGGCUCGCCCUGCACGACGCCGUCGACCUCGCCAAGCUCGCCCUCGAGAAGGGCGCGCCGCUCGAGGCGCUCAACGCCGCCGUCGAGACGCCGCUGCUGCUGGCCGCCAAGCACGGCCGGACGGCGGCGGUGCGGCUGCUGCUCUCCGAGGGCGCGACCAUCGAGCGCGACUCGGUCGGCUCGAUCGCCCCCACCAACAAGACCGCGUGCCACUUCGCCAUGCAGUACGGCGCAGAGGGCGGUGACGCGGCCGACGCGAGCGCAAUGCUUUUCCUCAACAAGAGCCCCGACGUCAACGCCACCGACGGAGAGAAGCGGACUGCGUUGCACUACGCCGUCGUCAACGACGAGCUGCUCCCCUCCGCCCUCCUCUCCGCCGGCGCCGCCGUCGACCAAAAGGACUGGGCCGGCCUCACACCCCUCCACUGGGCCGCCUUUCUCGGCGCGCCGUAUAGCGCGGCGAAGAACGAGUGCCUCGCCGCCCUCCUCGCGGCCGACGGCGUGAGCGUCGACGCGACCGACGCCGACGGCCUCUCCGCCCUGCACUACGCCGCGCGCGCCGGCGGGGUCGGCUGCGUCCGCGCGCUCCUCGCUGCCGCCGCAGACCGCUCCCUCCCCUCGCUCGCUGGCAAGACCGCUGCGGACCUGACGGGCUCGCGGGAGGCGCGCGAGGCGCUGCGAGCGACGUGUCCGGGACACGUGUACGCCGCGUGCGCCACGCGAAGCGUCGAGUCGGUGCUGCCCCUCUGCACGCCCUCGCUGGCGGCGCAGGAGCGGCCGGCCCUCGAGGCGCUCGUCGCGCAGAGCCCGCCGCUCGCGGUCGAGCAGAUGCACGCGGCGAGCGGCACCUCCACCGUCGCCGUCGAGCACGCGCAAGGCCUCCACCUGCUCGCCUUCUCCGAGGAGGGCCUCCUCGAGCGCUUCUGCGCCUUUGCGCGCAGCUGA